AGCACGGGGACAUAAAAGGCGGUGGCAGCGGCACUGUGGCCACAGCCCCAGACCGUCAACCAUGCCCGCGCUCGCUCUGUGCCUCCUGUGGGUCCUAGCCACAGCGGCCCGGUCUGCCCCAGUGGCCCCCGUGGGUGGCCGGGAGCCGGCACGGUAUGAAGAGCUGACCUUGCUCCUCCAUGGGGUUCUACAGAUUGCCCAGGACGUCAACAGCGCAUACACGACCACUGAGGAGCGGCUGACUAGAGCCAGGCAUGGCCUGGACCUCUCUGGCCGUGUACUAGAGCUCCUGGGACUACAGGUCAGCCAAGGACGGAACGCAACUCGGGAACUCCGCACAAACUUGCUGGAGAUACAGCAGAUGGACGAGGAUGCGCUGCAGCUGCAGGCAGAGGCUACGGCCCAGGGGCUGGCGGAGGCGGCCUGGGCACAGCAGGCACUGCAGGACAGCGUGUGCCGGCUGCAAGUCCAGCUAAGGGGAGCCCGGCUGCGCCGUGCCCGGCACGCAGUUGAGACCUUAAAGGCUCUGGCUGACAAGCAGAGCCGCCUCAUGUGGGUCCUCAAGGGCCACAUGCAUCGACAGAGGCAGGAGAUGAAGGCACAGCAGGAAUGGCUGCAACAGCUCCAGGAGCGACUGCACACAGCAGCGCUCCCGGCCUGAGCCUCCUGCGCGGACCCGAGGACCAGUCGCGCAGCAAGGGACAUGUCCAGGCGCCACGCAGCCCUGCGCAGGUGGAGCUGCCUGUCUGCUGGGGUCGGCCAGGGCGCCCCCGGUUCCGGACAGAGCAGAGGCAGCAGCCGGCGGCGGCGGGGCACAGGCGGAGGACGCGGCCCGUCAGGAGGGAGGACGCAUGCGCGCCCCUUCGGGCCUCAUUAAAGCAGAGCGGUGCAUCUCA